CACUUCACUUUAAAAACCCAAGUUAAAAUCAACUGUCUUAACUUCUCUCUUCUUCACUCUCACUUCCAAAAUCAAUGGCCCUUCUUCAUAAUAGUACAUCUCCAAAACCAGAAGAAACAGACACUGCCAUGGCAGAAUUACCAAAAGCUUCUUCAGACAACAAUUUCCCUCAAUCCCUUCUUCAACUCUCUUUAUUCCCAAUCCUACUCAAGUUUGAAGAAGUAGUUUACAAAGUGAAAUUAGACAAGACAAAAGGGGUUUGUUAUGGAACUAACGCAGGAACAAGUUCAGACAAGACAAUAUUAAAUGGUCUUAGUGGUAUGGUUUGUCCAGGUGAGUUACUUGCAAUGCUUGGUCCAUCAGGAAGUGGAAAAACUACUCUUUUAACUGCCCUAGGCGGCCGACUUACCGGAAAAUUAUCCGGCAAGAUAACAUACAACGGUCUUCCUUUCUCUGGAGCAAUCAAACGCCGGACAGGGUUUGUGGCGCAGUACGAUGUUCUUUACCCACAUCUGACGGUUUUCGAGACACUGUUUUUUACUGCACUAUUGAGGCUACCCAAUACAUUAACUGAUGAUGAGAAAGUCCAGCAUGUGGAAAAGGUUAUUGGCGAAUUAGGCUUGGGAAAGUGUCGAAACAGUAUGAUAGGGGGGCCAUUAUUUAGGGGAAUAUCAGGUGGUGAAAAGAAAAGGGUAAGUAUAGGUCAAGAGAUGCUUAUUAACCCAAGCCUAUUACUUCUAGACGAACCCACAUCAGGUUUAGACUCAACAACAGCCAUGAGGAUUAUGACCACGGUUAAACGGCUAGCGAGUAGCGGUCGCACGGUUGUGACCACCAUUCACCAGCCGUCGAGUCGCCUUUACCAUAUGUUUAAUAAGGUUGUGCUACUUUCAGAAGGUUCUCCUAUUUAUUAUGGUCCAGCAUCAACUGCUCUGGAAUAUUUCUCAUCCAUUGGAUUCUCAACUUCUAUUACUGUCAAUCCUGCUGAUCUUUUGCUUGAUCUUGCUAAUGGAAUUGAGCCAAGUGACUCAAAGAUUGCAAUAGAUCUAGGCGAUAGCUCGGAGCAAGAGAAGAAGGCGGUUCAAGAUGUCCUCAUUUCAUCAUAUGACAAGAAUAUCUCCACCAUAUUGAAAGUUGAACUAUGUUCUUCAGAUGUUAACAACUUUACCUAUGGAAAAGAUGCAACUACAAGGAAUAAAGUGAAUGUGGAACAAUGGUGUACAAGUUGGGGGUAUCAAUUUAAGGUGUUGUUGAUGAGGGGACUUCGAGAGAGAAGAUACGAAGCCUUUAAUCGGCUUCGUAUCUUUCAGGUGACAAGUGUUGCUAUACUUGGUGGACUAUUAUGGUGGCAGACCCCAAUAUCACAUAUUGAAGAUCAGAUUGCCAUGCUUUUCUUCUUCUCCGUCUUUUGGGGCUUCUACCCUCUAUACAACGCGGUCUUCACCUUCCCCCAAGAACGAAGCAUGUUAAUCAAAGAACGAUCAUCGGGAAUGUACCGACUAUCAUCCUAUUUCCUAGCCAAGACCGUCGGAGACCUCCCACUCGAGCUAGCCCUUCCAACCGCCUUCACGUUCAUUCUCUACUGGAUGGGAGGCCUCAAACCAAGCCCUCUCACAUUUGCUCUUUCCCUCCUCAUCGUCCUCUAUAGUGUCCUCGUGUCUCAAAGCCUUGGCUUAGCCUUUGGAGCCAUCCUAAUGGACGUUAAGAAAGCAACAACACUCGGUUCCGUGACAACGUUGGUCUUUCUCAUCGCGGGCGGUUACUAUGUCCGACAAAUACCUCCUUUCAUCGUUUGGUUGAAAUAUCUGAGUUACAGUUACUACUGUUAUAAGCUACUUCUCGGUGUUCAAUAUAGUGAGGACGAGGUUUACGAGUGCUCGAAAGGGGAAUAUUGUCGAGUUGCGGAUUUUCCAGCAGUGAGCUCGGUUGGGUUGAGCCAUAUGUGGUUGGAUGUUGCGGUUAUGGCCCUUAUGCUUAUUGGUUAUAGAUUUCUUGCUUAUCUUGCAUUAAAUAGGGUAAGGUGAUUUAAAAAUAUGUUUUUGAGGGAAAUAGAGAUUUUGUGAGAUGAUAAAAGGUCUGAUUUCAGGUAAUUUCUGAUUCUCCAAAAAGAGGAAUAACAGAAUCAAAAUGUAGAUUAAUUUAGAUGUCAAUAAGGCAUAUCAUGUUUUCAUCUCCCACUUUGAUAAUAGAGUGAGUUUUUUUUUU